CGAACUGGCCCCGACGAUCUUGUCUCCUCCAUUCUCUCUAAGGUGGUGCAAACAGAUGGAGGAGUUUUGCUGAAGAAGGAAGAGCAUAAAGAGGUGGCUGAAGUGGCUCAGGAACUGCAGAAGUAUUGCGUGAGUGAACCAGUGAAAUGCCCUUUAAUAUUUGGAGAGUGGGAUGUAGUGUACUGUUCCCGACCAACGUCACCUGGAGGUGGCUAUAGAAGUGCAUUUGGCCGCCUUUUCUUUAACACAAAGCAAAUGGUUCAGGCUGUUGAAGCUCCUGAUAUUGUGAGAAACAAGGUCGUGUUGUCUGUUUUAGGCUUUCUGGAUGUGGAGGUGUCACUGAAGGGAAAACUCAAGGCUCUGGAUAGUGAAUGGAUUCAAGUUAUAUUCGAAGCACCUGAAUUGAAGGUAGGAUCAUGGCAGGUCCAAUAUGGUGGUCAGAGUGAAGUUAAACUCAAAAUCACUUAUGUUGAUGACAAAAUCAGGUUAGGACUGGGUUCCAGAGGUUCCCUGUUUGUUUUUAAAAGAAUAUGAAAUCAAAAUGCAAUAAGAAAAAUCCUUUCAGGGAAAGUUCUGUCAAGUUUGUAACUUGACACCCUGCACAAUUUCAUGUAUAAUAUGAUUAUGACUAUAUGAGUAGGAGCUUGAAGAGACCGUGUUACUCUUUGGCUAGUUUGUCUCAAAAUGGACUAGUGUGUUGGAAGGUGCAAAUGUAGUGUAAUUAAAUUGUUACUGAGACAGUGAGGCAAUCCUUCUAUUUCUU